AUGAGCGUCACCGCCAGUCCCUCAACACCCGCACCCAUCACGCCUACUUGUAACGGGUUCCAGUUCGACGACAUUUUCCACCCUUUAUCGACACCUUACCGUUCUCGCCUCGGUUCAGCCACGUCCAGCUGCGGACAGAGGACACCUAGUUUACGCCCGGUAUCGAACAUGUCGAAUUUCUUUCCUGACGUCGAUGCCGUCUCCAUUACACAUGGUCCGAAUCUAGGGACAGCCGAUACGGUAUCCGGCUUAUCUAGCUUCGAGACCCCAGAAGUCCAACCCAGUCGCGCACAUAUGCGGUCGAUAUCCAUUGGCAGGCCAAUGUUGGUAAUGGAUGGGUCGCCCGGGAAGCAGUCGUUGUCGUCAACCACCAGUGGGCCGUUGGAGGAGAAAAGUCGAAAUAUCAAGAACACAUCGCGUCGGAUGGGCGGGUUACUUGCACGCAUCUGGCCUGGAUCGUCGAGCGAGAGAAGAAAUGCGCCAGCGGACCACAAGCGAUCUUUAACGCCACACAAGCUAGACCGACCACAGCUCGACAACGUCUCAUUACCAAGCGUCGAACCAUUUGGGCCAUCAUCGUUAUCGUCAUCAGCCAGCAGAUCGGAAUACGGGAUGGCGCCGGCGUCGCACUCGCUUAGUGUCCAGACGCGGGGAAGCUCAGCAGGGAAAGACGGCGGCAGCGCGUUUGGCGUCGACUUGAAAGAAAGUAUCCGAAUUGCACCGUCCAAGAUUCGAAUAUCCCACCGAGGGAAGAGCACGUCCCACCGAUUAUUUCCCUUGUCAGUGUACAAAUGCUGCGAAUUCAUCCGCAACUCGGGAUGCACCGACCCAUCACUUUUUGCCUCCACCGGCAACUCGCACAACGUUGCCUACCUCAAAUACGUGUUCAACACGGGCCCGUCGUACGGCGACGACUUUGACUUUGACUCCUUAGGCCCCGAAGGGGACCCCUACACGCCGUACGAUGCGGCCCGUCUGAUCCUCAUUUAUCUUCGGGAACUACCCAAACCAUUAGUCUCGCAAUCUGUGCUUCGAAGCUGGAUCAUGCUCGCCAGGCAAGAAGGGGCCAUAGAACCAGCAGCUCCCAAGCUAGAAGACAUGGGCUUCGACUUUUGGACAGAAGCCCUCAACCGACUCUCGUUACACAACCGAAACCUCGUCAAACACCUCCUCGAUCUCUUCGCCGACAUGCUGUUACGAAGCCGAACGACAGCUAACAUGCUCGCCGAAGCACAAGCAAACGGGAAAGGAAAAGCCGCCGUUAUGGGACAGCAAUGGCAGGGAGGACACGGGGUGGUACAUGAAGUAGACGCUCGCCGGCUAGCUUCGGAGCUGUCGAGCAGUAUGUUUCAUACGGAUAAUAUGAAGCUGGGGAAGAAGGCGGCGGCUCAUCCGACGCUUGCGCUGGCGUUUUUGAUCAAGAAGAGGGGCGAUUAUGCGGCGAGAAUUGGAAAGGCGGCAAUGGCGCCGGGACAUUCAAGGAGGGCGUCGGAGCUGUUUUUGCCGAGCACGAGGGAGAUUAUGGAGUGGAAGGGGGGCCAAAGUUAUUCGUGA